AUGGGUGAGGCCUCUCGCUUGCCAGGCGGCUUGCGUUGGGGCUGCUGGGCAUCAAUAUCAUCCAUCAUCCUGUAUAUCCUCCUGCUCCAACAGCUGGUGGACCUAUCCACCGCUAUCGACUACCGCGUGGAGUACUCGCAAGUGCGCCUCUCGCUGGACUGCAGACUCUUGGACACAGACAACAACGAGGAGUGGGCAAUCACGCUCAACGUGGCGGGCCAAACCAAGUGCUUGGUCUUCUACACCGACAACACGAUGCCCUUCGCCAGCCCCAUCGACCCCAACCGACCCCUCUGGGAAGCUGAGUUCUCCGCCCCGGCGGGCCAGACCUUCCGCCUGGGCUUCGAGGCCUGGGAGAAGCAGGCGGGUGGCCCCAUGUGCGUGUUCGAGAAUGGCGACAACCGCAACAACUACCUCCGCUGGGUCGAGCCGCUCACCAACCUGAGCCAGCUGGCUCCCAACGAGCAGCGGGCGUUCUCGGCCAGCAGGGCGUUUACGCAGGCCGGCAACUCCUGCACUGUCACCAUCAUCGGCUCCGUUGCCCGCAAGGCAUCGCCGGGCGCACCGCGUAUCGUCAACGCGACCAUCGAGGUCGUGUCGGGGGGCGUCUCGCCUCUGAAGCUCACCGUGCACGGCUACGACCUCAACCCCGAGCCGAUCGAGGCGCCCGUGCUGCAGGUCACCGGACUCAAUGCCGAGUGCAUCGCCAGCACGCUCACGACCUCUGACACGCAGCUGACGUGUCUGCUGACGAGGCUGGCGUCUGCCGAGGUGUCGCAGCUGCAGAUGGCGCAGGUGCAGGUGCAGACUCGCCUGGGCAUGUCCCGCACGGCCUCGGCGGCCUUCCCCACGUGCCAGCCCGACUGCGAGAACGGUGGCUCCUGCUGGUGGUCGAGGGACUUUGCCAUCGUCGAGUGCGUGUGUUCGCCCAACUACUACGGCCCCGCCUGCCAAUACCGCUAUCCGGACGAUGAGCCCAUCCUGGCCGGCAUUGCGCCGAUGGGCGCCGAUUUUUCGCUCAACGCCAUCCAGCCGACCGUGAUCGCCGUCUCGGGUCGCAUCUGGGCCGCCGAUGUGCCCGACACGACCGUCAAGUCCGAGAACUGCGUCAUCUCUCGAGCCAAGACUUCCCUCGAGCUGAACGUGGAGGACAACACGAUCGGCGACGGUGCGCUCGCGGUCGAGGUGUGGCGAGGCCCGGUGACGCCCUACGACCGCCGAGCCAUCGCGCAGGCCGACUCGCUCCAGAUCAGCGGCCUGUGCAUCAUCCCGAAGGGCGUGCUGGCCUUUGCCGAGGAGAACGACGACACGCUCACGAGCCAGCUCACGGUGUCGAUCGAGUGGGCGCGCAAGUUCAGCAACGACACGCGUGAGUCGCGCGACCGGCUCACCUUCCAGCUCUACGGCCCGCUCCACCUGCCCAGCUCGAUCGUGGCGGCCAAGGCCAACGAGGCCGACGGCGAGAUGCGCGUGUUGCGCGAGCAGAGCGUGCGCGUGAGCUUCUGCGACGCGCAGGGCCGGCCGCGCCUGGGCGGCGACGACUCGGACGGGUUCGACCUGGCCUUUGUCGACGGGCCGGCGCUGCAGCCGCAGCUGGGCAUCCGCGGCGGCGUGGCGCGGUCGUUCUCCUACAGCGACUGCCUGGUCAACUCGCGCAACCCCGAGUGCGCCUACUUCGAGUACAAGCUCUCGUUCGACCUGGCCGGCACCUACCGCGCCCACGUGCUCUACUUCCAGCCCACGGCGCUGGUCUUCGUGGGCAGCCAGCUGGAGCUCGAGGUCAAGGGCCUGGGCGAGGUCACGGUGCCUGUGCCCGAGUUGCCCGAGUCGAGUCUGUCGCGCGUGGACAUGGGCUCCGUGCACGUCGUCCGCCCUCAGGGUUUCGCCGCGGAGCCCUUCUUCUGCGACUCACACACCGACGAGCUCGAUCCUGGGCGAGUGGAACGAUUGUUGAAGCCUUGGCACAACCUGGGCAACGUGCCCAACAAUUUCGUGCUCUCGCGCAUGGUCCUCUCGCCGGUGGACUGCCUGGCUUCCAUCUCCGUCAAGGUGGCCGUCGUGCACAGUCUGCCCAGGCUGGUCCAGAUCAGCCUGACGCGGACCGGACCGGCCAGCAACGACCCGCGCGCCAAGAACCACACCUCGACCGUCGUCAUCAAGCCCUUUGGCGCCAAGACGUUGAAGAGCGGCAUUCUGACGGAGUGGACGGGCGAGACGGUGCCCGAGCUGGCGGCCAACUUCGUGGGCCGGCCGGCGCUGGCCGAGUGGGUGCUCUCCGUGGAGCAGGCGGACGGCACCGGCUACGUGCGGGACUGGUGGCUCGACGUCACCACCCGCAGCUGCCUCGAGACUCCCCAGGAGAUUUGCGGGUUUGGCGGCGGAGAGAUGUAUGGGCGUGCCGACAACGUCAACGACACGGUGCGCCUGGAGUGCCCGGCCGGAGGUAUGAUCUCCGACAUCGUGUUGGCGCGCUAUGGCCGCAUCGAGGGCUACUGCGAAGGCGAUCUCAAGAACAUCGUCGUGCACGGCGACUGCGAGGCCGACGCCGAGAAGGUCAAGCAACGCGUGGCGGCGUUGUGCGUGGGCGGCGCCUCGUGCGAGCUCACGGCCACGGACAUCGGCGUGCUGGGCGAGGAGUACCUGUGCGGCGACGAACAGCCCCAGUGCCUCGACGGCGACGACAUCACCCGGCGGCGCCAGCGGCAGCCGCAUGAAACGAAGGCCGCCGGCGGGGAACACGAGCACGACUACGCGCGGCCGCGGCCGUACCCGGGCACGGAGGACUACCACCUGCGCGCCACCACGGUGCGCCAGGCCACGGCGCCCUUCUUCCGGCCACGCUCCCCCGCGGCCCGGCAAGCCGAGAGUGCACCCGGUCCCGCAUCGGCUGCCGCUGACGUGGUCGAUCCCUGCGAGGUCACGCCAACGCUGGCCCCGAGGCGAGCGCUCAUGGUCAAGGCCCGCUGCACCGAUGCCAAGGUGGCGGCUAAGUUCGAGGACCCGGAGCCGAGCGAAAAGAAGAUGCUCGUGGCGAGCGUGACCGCCGACUUGGACAACGACUGGAAGGACGAGACCAUCACCAUGUUCGCCUACGAGGGCGGACCCCUCCACGUGGCCUUCACGUUCGUCGGCCACAACGCCUUCCAGCCCACAACCUCCGUCGUGCGUAACUUGGUGGUGGGUCCAGGUGGUGUGCCGGCCGUGGUGGGCGGCCAGCUCGAGCUGCAGGCGGGCGACUUCAACAACGACGGCUACCCCGAGCUCGUCGUGGGUUAUCUCGACGUGGACGGCCAACUGCAGCUUUUCCAGUGGGACCUGCGCAUCGAGGACACCAGCGUGUGGCCCGCGGGCGUGGUCAAGCCCAACCGGGCCGACUUGGCGCCGUGCGGGUGCUUUGACAGCGAGUCUGCGCUGCGGCGGCUUUUCGCCAUGGCGACGCGCAUCAGCGUGCCGGGCUCGCCCACCUAUGAUAUGAAAUCGUCAAGUGAAACCCGGUUGGACUCGCCCGGCUUCUCCUACGCGCUCGCCGUCGGUGACGUUGGCCUUGGCUUCGACGUCCUGGUCCUGUCGUGGAUCGCAGACGAGCACACGGUGGUAUGGGGCGUGUUCCGACAGACGGGCUCCGGGCUGGCCCUGGCGGGCGAUGUGAUGACCCUGCGGGACGUCGACCAGGCCCACGCGGUGAGCCUCGCGCUGGGCGACUUCGAGGGCACCGGCUCGCGCGAGCUGGCCCUGGGCAUCGUGGACUGGAACACCAUCUCGGUCUACUUCUACACCAUCGACCAGACGGUGAGCUCCUUCCCGAUGACCAUGGCCAAGCUGCUCAACGUCGCCGAGGACUCGUGGAUGCUCAACUCCAACAUCAACUUGCGGCUGGUGGCGGGUGAUCUCAACGACGACCUCGACGACGAGCUCGUGGUGGGCUUCACGCUGGGCGCCGAGGCCUACCUCUUCCAGGUCGAUGCCCUCACGUGCGGCCAGGCCAAGUGCAUGGAGCUCGUGGGCUCCUCGGGCUACGCGGUGCCCACCGGGCGAGUGCCCACCACGACCACCACCCGCAGUCCCGAGCUGAAGCUCGCCAUCGGCAACGUGGACGAGAGCAGCACCAACGAGCUGGUCGUGGCGGUCGAGUACACGUCGACGACCGACCAGUCGGUGCACAAGGUCAUGCUGGUGAGCCUCACGGCCCAGUCCGACUCCAACCAGCCCUUCCUCAUCAACGGGCGGCACUGCUACGCGGGGCCGGCGUACCGCGAGAGCGAGGACGAGCAGGAGGUGACGGUCAACAACAUGGCCCUGAGCGUGGGCAACCUGUACGGCCUGGGCUACCGCGUGGGCGAGCCCACGAUGGUGCGGUUCGAGAGCGUGCCGGAGCUGCUCGCCGUGAUCAACGCGCCGCCCACGCACUACGACGUGCUCGAGGGCGAGGAGAUCGUUGUCAACCAGCGCACGAUGAAUGGCCAGGGGUCCUUCACCAAGCUCACCAACGUGGAGGGCGUCACGUCGUCCUUCGAGAUCACGCGCGACACCGUAGCCAUUGAAAGCACCGCCUCGGGCAACGCGCUGGAUGGCAAGUUGGCUGUAGUGGUGGGCAAGCUGCACCAGAGUGCGUCGGCGCUCAAGAAGAAGACCCAGGUCGACAGCCAGGGCGUGCUGGAGCGCCUCACAGUGUCGCGCGAGCUGACGGCGUCGGGCGACGACGUGGUGCUCUACAUCUCGACCACGCGCGACCAGUGGAAGUUCCCCAUCGUCGACCAGACCGGGGCGCCGGUCGGGGCGCUCGACGUGUGGCUGUCGUCGAGCUGCGGCGUCGAAUGCGUGCAGGUGGCCGACGGGCGCGACCUGUGGUGGUUCGCGCCCGAUCACGAGCCCUUCAACGUGCUCACCUACUCAUCGCGCUCACCGACCGACUUUGUGCCGUCGAACCGCGUCAUGGUGGGCGACCGCGUCACGCUCGGCCCCAACGAUCACCUCCAGUUCGUGGGCGAGAGCUCGGGCCGCUCGCAGAACAAGGUCACGCUAGACCACCAGACGUCGACGCGCGACCGCGCCACGGCGGUGGGGAUCGACGUCAACUACGAGUUCAUGUUCUCGCAGGCCUUCCUGGGCCUGGGUCCCAACCACAAGCUGCCGCUCGGGAUCAGCGUCUGGGAUCCUGGAACUCGAGGAGGCCAUUCUCCGGACCGCAGCCGCGCAGAUCGGCAGUGA